CGUCCGACAACACCCGGAAGUGCGACCAGUGUGUACACGUACAGCAACGAGCGCUUCGGCAGCGGCUCCCGCACACACGCGAGCAUUUUAGCGGUCAGUCACACAAGUGGCCACUUGACUUCAACUUGCGUCUCCCAGGCCACCAUGUCCGUCUUGUGCUACAACAAAGGAUGUGGGCAGCGGUUCGAUCCAGAGAACAACCCGGACGAUGGCUGCACCUAUCACCCGGGCGUCCCAGUGUUCCAUGAUGCAUUGAAGGGAUGGUCCUGCUGCAAGAGAAGAACAACAGACUUCUCUGACUUCCUCAGCAUCGUUGGCUGCACCAAAGGUCCUCACGACAAAGAGAAGCCCCCCGAGCCAGUGAAACCAGACGUGACUUCAUCGGUAGAAAAGAAAGAGGCGGACGACCAAAAACCAAAGUUUAACGAGUACAUCAUCUCCGCGCCAAUGCCUCAAAAGGCGAUACGCAGACCAAGCGCAGAUGAGCCGAUUGUGAGAAUGCAGCACAAAGUUUCUGCCUCCUUGAAGCAGGCUCUGGAGAAACUGCAUCUGUCUGAAGAUGCAGAAGAGAAGAAAGAGGAAGAUAGCGACGAGAUCAAGAUUGGAACAUGCUGUAAAAACGGAGGGUGUACCAAAAGUUUCGAAGGCCCUGCCAGCGAUUCUGAAGUGUGCGCCUACCACUCUGGAUUUCCCAUCUUCCAUGAAGGGAUGAAAUACUGGACCUGCUGCAAGAGGAAAACCUCCGACUUCAACACCUUCCUCUCUCAAGAGGGCUGCACCAAGGGAACACACCUAUGGAGGAAGAAAGACACGGGUAAGAAAGUGGUUCCGUGUCGGUUCGACUGGCACCAGACCGGGUCGCAGGUCAUCAUCUCCAUCUACGCCAAGAACGCCAUCCCUGAGCUGUGCUACGUGGAUGCAAACAGCACCACGCUCAACAUACGUAUUAUAUUUGAGGGAGAGAAGGAAUUCGAGCAGAAGAUCAGCUUGUGGGGAGUGAUAGACGUGAGUAAAAGUAUGGUGAACAUGAUGGCCGCCAAGAUCGAGGUGGCCAUGAAGAAGUCGGAGCCCAUGUCGUGGGCUCGUCUGGACCUCCCUCCCCCCGUCCCCCCGACCACGGAGAGCGAGAAGAAAGAGGAGGAGGCCGAUAGCGAAGAUGAAGACGAAUGAUACAAUCAAAAAACAAAAACAAACAAUGUGCUUCUUUCACUGAAUCACGAGGCCACACACAAUUCAUCCUUUUACCUCUUCUGCUGACGUGGAACUUAGGGCCGACUACUAUUCCCCAACAUGUACACAACUAAGAAUGCUCAGUCGGUCGACAUCUUACUUGACCUCCACUUUUUGGUCCUUUUUUUUUUUUUUUUAAGGG